AGUGAGGGAAUGCUUAAUGGAAGCGCAGACUUGUAGUUCAGCAGAAAGCGGACCAGCCAGCAUCAUCCACACAGAAGGGACAGUUCUUUGCAAUGACUCCGGGGACACGGAAGAAACGGGGAGCAAAAUGAAGGGAGAGCUGUUGUGCGUCCUGCUGCUUUGUGGAGUGGCGUUCACGUUGCCUGACCAGGGAAUACACAGGAGGUUCAGAAGAGGAGCUCGGUCCUACAGAGCGACCUGCAGAGAUGAACAGACUCAGACAACUUACCAACAGCAUCAGUCAUGGCUACGUCCCAUGCUCAGAGGCAAUCGGGUGGAAUACUGCCGGUGCAACAGCGGCCUGGCACAGUGCCACUCGGUGCCCGUCCGAAGUUGCAGUGAACCGAGAUGCUUCAAUGGGGGUACGUGUCAGCAGGCCCUGUAUUUCUCUGACUUCGUCUGCCAGUGCCCUGACGGAUUUGUUGGGAAACGCUGUGAUAUAGAUACCAGAGCAACCUGCUUCGAGGGCCAGGGCAUCACCUACAGAGGCACAUGGAGCACAGCAGAAAAUGGGGCUGAAUGCAUCAACUGGAAUAGCAGUGCCCUGUCCCAGAAGCCCUACAGUGCAAGGAGGCCAAAUGCCAUCAAGCUGGGCCUUGGGAAUCACAAUUACUGCAGAAACCCAGACCGAGACGUGAAGCCCUGGUGCUAUGUCUUUAAGGCAGGGAAGUAUACCACGGAGUUCUGCAGCACGCCGGCUUGCCCUAAGGGACCAACUGAGGACUGCUAUGUUGGAAAAGGUGUGACUUACCGUGGCACCCACAGCUUUACCACAUCCAAGGCCUCCUGCCUCCCAUGGAAUUCCAUGAUCCUGAUAGGCAAGACUUACACAGCGUGGAGGGCCAACUCCCAGGCACUUGGCCUGGGCAGACACAAUUAUUGCCGGAACCCAGAUGGGGAUGCCAAACCUUGGUGCCACGUGAUGAAGGACCGAAAGCUGACAUGGGAAUAUUGCGACAUGUCCCCAUGCUCCACCUGCGGCCUGAGGCAAUACAAACAGCCUCAGUUUCGAAUUAAAGGAGGACUCUUCACAGACAUCACCUCACACCCUUGGCAGGCCGCCAUCUUUGUCAAGAACAAGAGGUCUCCAGGAGAGAGAUUCCUGUGUGGAGGGGUGCUGAUCAGUUCCUGCUGGGUGCUAUCUGCCGCCCACUGCUUUGUAGAGAGGUUUCCACCCCAUCAUCUUAAAGUGGUCUUGGGCAGAACAUACAGAGUGGUCCCUGGAGAGGAGGAGCAGACAUUCGAGAUCGAAAAGUACAUAGUCCAUAAGGAAUUUGAUGACGACACUUAUGACAAUGACAUCGCAUUACUGCAGCUGAGGUCAGAUUCCAGUCAGUGUGCCCAGGAGAGCAGUUCUGUCGGCACUGCCUGCCUCCCUGACCCCGACGUACAGCUUCCUGACUGGACAGAGUGUGAGCUUUCUGGCUACGGCAAGCAUGAGGCAUCCUCUCCUUUCUUCUCUGACCGGCUGAAGGAGGCUCACGUCAGACUGUAUCCGUCCAGCCGCUGUACCUCACAGCAUCUGUUUAACAAAACCAUCACGAGCAACAUGCUGUGUGCAGGAGACACCCGAACUGGGGGCAACCAAGACGUCCAUGACGCGUGCCAGGGUGACUCAGGAGGCCCUCUGGUGUGCAUGAUCGAUAAGCGGAUGACUUUACUGGGCAUCAUCAGCUGGGGCCUCGGCUGUGGGCAGAAGGACGUGCCAGGGAUAUACACAAAGGUCACUAAUUACCUGAACUGGAUCCAAGACAACAUGAAGCAAUGACAAAGAAAGCCCAGCUCCUUAAACCCAGAGGACCUGCCUUCCUCUUCCUCUUCCACAGAAGAUACGCCUGAAAGGCCAAGCGUUCUUCGCAGGCUCGUCCUCCUGAGCUGCCGCUCAGCAGAGGGAGUGACAGUCUUUAGGCACAGACAGAGUUUACUUUGUGACAGGUACUUCACAAACUUGUACGUUUUAAGGGUGAAGGUCUGACUUUAGAAUCAGUUCUGUCAGAUGAGAUGACAGGGAAAUGCCAACCUUCCUAUAACUCUAAGAUUUUAAAAAGAGAAGUAGACCAAAGUCCACCCUUCCUGGACCACUAUUUUGUACACUGAACCACAAGAUCGUGUCUCAACAGUGAAAUACAACUUGAUCUUUCAGGAGUAAAAGUCUGCACUGAGGACAAGAAUGUGUUUUUAUAGUUACACAGGGGCCCAGCAUGGCCUCCAAGAGAAGGAAGGGGUUAGCUGAUCAGACCACAGCCCCCUAAAACCCUUGAAAUCAAAUAUUCCCCAUCCUCCCACAAUCCUCAACUCUUGGGGCAUAUCCCUUUGUACACAGUGUAGAUGUCUUUUUCUUUAUAAACUUUCCAGAUGGCUGGGAGAACUGUAUGAUUUUAAUAUUCGAUGAAAUGACACUAGUAUAUUUAUAUUUGAAUCUAUUUAGUUUUUACUGUGUUACUAGAACUCUGUAUUAUGCUGUACUGAAAUAAUAAAUUCCAAGGUAUUUUUCACACUUUUAAA